AUGGGUCCACUUUUGACAUGCCGCUUUACAUGGCCUAAUAGCGGCAGAGCCGAGAAUCAUUUCCUAGGAAAUUUCUGGGAUAAUCUGUUUUAUACUCGACGAUUCAACCAUACCGAAGCGACAACCACUCAAGAAGCACCUAUCGAGACCAUUGAAACUCCUGAAACUAUCGAAACGCCUUCUAUUUUUAACCCUGAGGUCCCAAAGAGAAAAUUGCCGUUGAAUUGUACCGGAUGUGGCGCCUUUACACAAACGAACGAUCCACAAUCACUGGGUUACUUUGACCCGGAGAGUAAAAGAGUCAAAAAAUGGCUAAAUCCACGGUCUUUUGAGCGUCAGCAAGCGCCAACGCAAGAGGAUAAAGUCAUUGGUGACGUUCUUAAGAAUUUGGACAAGAGUCAAAUAGAGGCUCUUGGAGUUGACCCUUCUCUCUUGAUCGCUGGCGCUGAGAGAGAGGACAGCAUGGCCAUGAAAGCUAACAUGGUGGCAGAAGCACCUCCUCAAGAGAAGCAGCCCGUAUGCGACCGAUGCCAUGAUUUACAACACUACAGCACAAAAAGCGAUACAGCAAAGCUCCCCAUGUAUCACCCUACUGUCGAGUCGCUGCGCGAAACAAUCGAAGAGUCACCACACAAAUACAACCACAUAUACCAUAUCAUCGACGCAGCCGAUUUCCCCAUGUCGCUCAUCCCUCGGCUUAACGUUCUUCUGGGCGACAUCCCCAUCAGAACCCGCAACCGACGAUCGCGAGCCAGCAAGUUCCAGCAUGAUCGCAAGACAGAACUCAGCUUUAUCAUCACACGAGGCGAUCUUCUGGGACCCAAGAAAGAAAUGGUGGAUACCAUGAUGCCGUACCUGCGUGAAGUGCUGAGAGAUGCUCUGGGAAGACUCGGAAGUAGAGUUCGUCUUGGUAAUGUCCGAUGUGUUAGCGCAAAGCGGUCUUGGUGGUGCAAGGAGGUCAGGCAAGACAUCUGGGAACGUGGAGGUGCGGGUUGGAUGGUUGGAAAGGUCAAUGUGGGUAAGAGUCAGCUGUUCGAAGCUGUAUAUCCCAAGGGCAGGAUGGGACCAGUGACUAACAAUGGGCGAAUAUCGACAUAUCCCCGAGAAGUCCUGAACGCAGAAUCGAUUGCUGCAGAGCCUAUUCAGGACAAGGAUGUUGAUAUUGGAGACUUGUUGCCACCUCCUCAACCACCCAGGAAUUAUCCCGACAUGCCUCUGGUAUCAUCUCUGCCCGGUACAACUGCUUCUCCUAUUCGAAUUCCAUUUGGAAAUGGAAAGGGCGAGUUAAUCGAUCUUCCUGGCUUAGCACGCAGCGACUUGGAACUUUUCGUGAAAGAGGAGGACCGACAGUCGACGAUUAUGAAGAGCCGGAUUAUACCUGAGCAGAUCUCCAUGACUCCUGGCAAGUCGCUUAUCCUUGGUGGUGGUCUAAUUCGCAUCACACCCAAGGAUCCCAAUUUGGUAAUCUUGGCUUACAACUUCACGCCUCUGGAAGAUCAUCUCACCCAAACCGACAAGGCCAUUGCUUUUCAGAAUCAGACAAGGGAGUCUGCUGGUGUGCCGAGCAUCAUGCUUCCCGGUAUCGGAGACAAGAUGAAGCAUGCUGGAACAUUCAAACUGUCGCACGAUGUCACAAAGAAGAGAGCAGGCCCUCUUACAAGGAAAAAUGCGAUCGGUCUUAAUGUCGACAGACUGCCCUUCCGAGUUUUGUCUACAGAUAUUCUCAUCGAAGGUGUGGGCUAUGUCGAGCUUGUCGCACAAGUCCGUGCUCGCGAUGUCGCUCUCAAGGUUCUCGACCAACAACAACAACAACGAACUAGAGUCGACGAGAAUGUUUGGGAAAAGCCAGUUGAUACUUCUGACCCUUUCGCCGCCAUGAAGUUUCAACGAAGAGAUACAGCGCCGCCCGUUGUACAGACGAGGCGCAAGGAACCCGAGCCCCCAUUGGAUCCUGGGUGGCCAGCGGUUGACGUCUUUAGCCCUGAAGGUCGGUUCAUCGGUUCUCGCCAACCUAUUCACGGAUGGUUGAACAACAAACCCCGUGUGUUGAAAGAGCACAAGAAGAGCAGACCUCGAAGGAGUAUGAAGGGUGCGAAAAAGAAGGUCAAGUUUGAGAAGAGGGCAGCAAACUAA